AUGGAUGAUUUUGGUCAACAGCAACUUGAAGAGGCAACUGAUUUUACUGAGGAAAACCCAUCCACAAGUGUUAAUGAGAAAAGAAAGCCAGAUAAUCAAAGGGAGUCGAGUGAGUGGCAGUCACCAACUAAAAGGAGGCGUGAUUCUACAUCAGAAGCAAUUAUACUGUCUAAAGUGAAAACAGUAAUGGGGGAAGUUUACAUCAGAAUUGUCGAAAUGGACAGAACAAAGCUAAAUACUUUCCUGAAGUCUAAAAUCGAAGAUUUGGCAACAGAUAAAAGAGAGCUGGUUGGUGUGUUUGGUAGAACUGGAACUGGUAAGAGCUCUUUGAUAAAUGCUGUCAUUGGAGAGAAGAACCUUUUGCCCACUGGAAGUGUCAGCGCAUGUACUUCAGUCAUGAUCAAAGUGGAGGCUAACAUGCGCAAUUCAAAGUAUGAAGCAGACAUUGAGUUCAUAAGUAAAGAGGAUUGGAAAAAUGAGUUGUGGUCGAUGGGUCGGUUUCAUGGGGACAAUGAAGAUGGGAUGAGGAAAGAUGAAGAAAGCAGAGAGGAAGAUGAUGAGGACUUUGAUGAAAAACUGUCAGCUGUUUAUGGAGAUGAAUGGAGAGACAAAUCCCUGGAAAAUCUCAUGGAAGCCAAAUACUUCAGAGAAAUUAAUCAUUGUCUUGGUUCCAUGAAAACUUUGACGUGUGAAUCAGCUCAGGAGCUGUCUGCAAAAUUUGUCAAGUACACAAGAAGUGGUACGAGAGAGGGAGAAAGUAAAGAAGUGAAGAGGUGGUACUGGCCGCUGGUGAAGUGUGUGACUCUCAGGGUGCCACAGAAUGAUCUUCUCCAAUAUGUCACACUUGUGGAUCUUCCUGGAAAUGGAGACUGUAAUAAAAGCAGAGAUGAAAUGUGGAAAGGGAUUGUUGGAAAAUGCUCUGCUGUGUGGAUCGUGGCUGAUAUAAAUCGGGCAACUUCAGAGAAAGAACCCUGGGAAAUCCUAAAAAGUCUCAGGGGGCUCAUUGGGAAUGGUGGCGAGUGUCAGCACAUCCUCUUUAUCUGCACCAAGUCUGACCAAAUUGAUGAUCUGGACAACAAGUACGUGAACUCAAUGGACAAUAUUCGUGCUCACAUAUUCAAGAGAAACAUGACGGCAAAAGAAGAAGUUCGCCAAAAAUUCCAAAAACUUGAUGAAGUUAAGAAACACAUAAGUGGCGACUGCUUCAAUGUGUUCACAGUCAGCUCAAAGGAGUUUCUGAAACGCAAGAACAAUGUUCUAAAUCAGACGGAGUCUGAAAUCCCCAUGCUUCAGGACUUUUUGACAGAUUUAAAUGACUCUCACUCAGUGACAUUAAACUAUGUGUCUGGAGCUCAUGGGAUUCUGUCCUUGAUUCAGGGGGCCAGCUGUAAAGAAGCGGCUGGGAAAAAAAAAGACUUGUGUGAAGACCUUGAAGGAAACAUAAGCCAUCAGAUUAAAUCUCUCUGUGACACAAUGGAUGAGGUCUGUGGUGCUUUUGAAAAAUGCCUCAGUAAAGGAGUGGCCGAGUCAAACUCUUCCUGUGAAGGAAAGUUGAAGUAUUUCUUAUAUCCUAAGGGAAAGUCUGGCAGAGGUUUUCAUAGGGUAUUGAGAUGUGUUGCCCUAAAUCAGGGAAAGUACCAGCCCAAAAAAGGAAAAGAAAUAAACCUCAAUCUGAAGUUAGCUUCAUUUCUGACUGACAGCAUUGAUGAGGAAUUCAAGAGGACCUUUCCAAAUGAUGGGAAAAAUGGUCCAAUUUAUGAGGCCAUCAGCUCAUUUUCUCUUGACACCAAGAGCCUGAUGGAGAAAUACAGAGAUGUGGAACUGCAGCUGAUAUUUCUGAAGACAGAGGAGGAAAAAGUGAAGACAAAACUGAAAAGAUUCAUCCUGGAUCAAAAGAAAAUAAUCUACAGCAGUCUGACGAAGGCAAUCGAAGAGGCCAUGACAGACUGCUAUCAGAGAGCAGCAGGAUUUAGAGGAAAGAACUCAUUGCAGAACAUGAGGCAGACGGUGGAGAGACAUGUCCAUGAUUUAAAGAGCAGCAUGUUUUCCCAGGCUAAAGAAAUGAUGCUGAACCUGCUGAAAAAGUUAAUGGACACCAUUGAGGGCACUCUGAAGGAAACCAUGGGGAAAUCUAUUGAGCUGUCUCUGAGGACUGAUGACAAUUCCAUCCCAGAUGUUUCAACAGAGCUUGAGAUGGUACAGAAACUCUACGAUGAACUGAAAAGUAGCUCACAUGAAGACAUGUCAUGGAAGAUGCAGCACUGGAUUCCAUGAAUGUGACACAUGGACAACUCCAGGACCUGACACGUUUUGAACAUGUUGAAGAAUAAUCAAAUCUUACAUCAAAUGUUGUGCUCUCAGCUGUUUUUUUUGUCAGGUUUU